UUUUUUAUUUGACGUUAAAUAAACUUAACCUCACUUUCUAUUUAAACUACGAAAACAACUAUAAACUUUUAAAUUAAUACUACUGAAUAUUUAUUACAAAUAUUGUAAAUGAGUGCAGAUACCAUAGAAAACUUUUAUGGAGUAUAUUUAUUAUACUGUUUGAAUAUUAAGUACAAAGGUAGGACUUACAUAGGGUAUACAGUAGAUCCCAAUCGUAGGAUUAAGCAACACAAUAAGGGAAAACAAUUUGGAGGCGCAUGGAAAACUAGUAAUAAAGGACCAUGGUCUAUGGUAUUAAUAAUACAUGGAUUUCCAAAUGACAUAUCAGCACUUCGGUUUGAAUGGGCCUGGCAACAUCCUCAUGUAUCUAGGAGGUUAAAACAUGUAAGUAAAAAGAAAAAAACUGAAAAAACGUUUGACUUUUGUAUAAGAGUUUUAUCGGAAAUGCUACAAGUGGGACCAUGGUGUAGACUACCACUUUGUAUCCGAUGGUUAAAUCAAGAUUUCAUCACUGAUUUCCCAGUGUGUUCAUUACCUCCACUUCAUAUGCCGAUAUGUAAUGGUGCAGUAGUGAGUAAAAAAGUGACAAAACCAACUUUAACUGAUAAUAAUUCAAAUAUUAUCCAAACCUGCGAUGUAUGUAGCGAAAAAAUUAUCACUCAAGCAAUUAAAUGUGUUAAUUACAACUGUGAUCUAACAACUCAUUUACUUUGUUUAUCUAACAGUUUUUUAAAGCCCGGAGAAUACAUUCCUAUUGAAGGACGAUGUCCGAAAUGUGAGAAUAUUUAUUUGUGGGGUGAUUAUGUACGAAAAUACAAGGGAUGUUACAAUAAUGUGAAUUUAAGUAUCAGUAUUCAGGAUGCUAAUGAAUUAUACUUGUCAGACUCAGAAUGAUUGUAUUAUUUCUGCACAUAUUUUAUUAAUAAAUAAUUUUUAUAUCUAUCAAA